UGAGAGAAGGCCGAGGAGGGAAAGAGGGAGGGACAGAGAGAGGGAGGAGCUGAUACUUCAAUACAGCAGAAGUGAGGGGGACUACAUGGGCAAAAUGGCAAAUGACAGAGAUCGAGAAAUGCAGCGAUAUAGAGACAGAAACAGAGACAAAGAAAGAAGGAAAGAAACUGACAGGCAGGACAAGGAAGGUGGGAGAGACUUAAAGGAAGAUAGAAGAGACAGAAGAGAGUACGAGCCUGAGAGAGACAGGAAAAAGAGGGGAAAAGAAGCUGGUACUAGAAUAGUUGAUGCAACAGGCAGGAGCAGUCGAUCACCGAAGGAGUGGGCUCCCGGUCCGCCAGCACGAGCUCACAGCAGUGGAGAGUGGAGCAGUGAUCCUGACAAUGAGAAGAGACACAGAAUAUACAGGGACAGGUAUGAAGAACGGGAAUCAAGGAGAGACAGCAGUUUUGAAAAGAAAAGAGAGAGAGAAACAUGGAGGGAUCAAGACAGAACUGCUGAUAAAAGUCAAAGGCAAAUAAGAAAUGAGAGACAAGAGAGCGAUAAAGGAGAAAAGACUGGCAAUAUGCCAGAGCAGAGAAGGAUGUGGUUAGAGCCACAGAGGGGCAAGAAUAGCACAGACAAAUUUGUAGACAGCAAGAGGCACGCAGAGCGGAAAGAGCUACGGGGAGAAGGACAGAUGAGUAUGUACUCCCAGACGGAGAGAGGAAGAGAUGGGCGACCAGUAAAAGAGGAACCAGAUUGUGAAAGAAGGCAGGGGGGGAGAAGUGAGUACAGGGAAGACGCACAGAGGGAACAGGAGGGAGUCGGUGCAGAUCAGGAGAGUGUGGGGGAAAUCGGGAGAGGGAAGGAACAUAUGUCUGACAAUGAUGCAGGGGUUGAGGAAAGCUGGCAAAGGGAGGAACAAGGAGACAACGUCGUAGACGACAGAGAGGAUGAGAAUGGGAGCAAUAACUGGCCACCCUCUGAGAGUGAAGGAGGAAGUGAGGCAGGGUGGAAGAAAGAGAGAAAUGAAAUGCCAUCCACAGAGGAUGGCUUCGUGACCGUGUCAAGUGGAGGAGAGGACAGUGAAGAAGGGUUUAGGGACUGUCAGGAAUUCCAGGAAGGUGGAACCCAGGCACCUGCUGGCUUCCAGGGGUUUGUGGGAGAUCAGAAGAGGGAGGAAGGACGGACAGUGGGGGAGGUGGAAACAGCUGACGGGGAGGAUCAGGGGGAGGAGAAGCAGCCAAAGUACGUCUUCUGUGUGGUUGGGCAAACUCUUCCCCGAUCAAAACCCAGCAAUAUUUUACCAUUGCAGGUUGAUCAGAUUGGAGGAGUGGAAAGAAGCGACACGAAUUUAGAAACUCACCAUGAGUUGGUUGAUGACAUCACUCAGCAGCCUCAGAAAGACUUGCUUCAGAGAUCAUGUAGAAAUGAUGAGCACCCAAUGAUAAACAACUGGGACACAGGAAGUGAGCAUAAAGUUCAGAGGGAGGAGAGGCUCUCCACAGAAGAAGCAACUGAAAGCAAAAUCCACUCCAGAGCGCCUUCAGCGGUUCAUAAUUUAAAAUAUAGAAAGGAAAUGAGACGUAAAGUGAAACAGUCAUAUUCUGAAAUGGGAAGAAAGGACUCAAAAACUGAGAGACUUCUCCAGGAAUGGAGAGAGAAAACUAAAGAGCCAACAGACAAAAAAGAGAUGCAAACUCCAAUUUCUCAAUCAGCGAUAGAUCAACUGCAGCCCAUCUUGGAUCAGAUAAACACUACAGGAAUGAGUCCAGAGGAGGUGGAAGCUAUUCGGAUCAGACUGAGUGGGACAUGGAGCGUGUCUGAGGAGCCCAAGCGGCAUUCACAAGCCCCCCACCUUAAAUGGGCUAAAAAUGUGGUCCGUGAGAUCCUGGGACAUUCUGAGGAAGAACCAAGCACAGAGGCCCAGGAAGAUCAACCAGCUGCCAACCAGACUGAGACCAGCAACGCCAAGCCACAAGAGGAAGUUGCAGAAGAAACAAGGGAGGUACCUGCGAUUAAGCUGAGUAUGGAAGAAGAUGACUUAGAGCCAGAGCUGGAAGAGCUGUUCGAUGCGAGAGGUAUGGGGCAGAGCCAAGCCCACAUGCAUGCUGACCAGUUCACGGCUAUGCAUGUUGUAACGCAUACACACACUCAUGCUGACACGGCGCUAGAAUCAGAAAGGAAGGAAGAUUGCAGCAUGGACAAAACAACUUUAGAGCCUUCUGGUGAAGUUCAGUUAGGAAAGUCAGACAUAAAGGUGACAGUCAGUGAAACUGAAGACGAUGAGGUUAAUUUGAAAGAAAGCGAAAAAGAAAAACUCAGAGAGAAGGAAGCGGAGAUGUAUUUAAGUGCGAACAACACCCUUUACAAGCCUAACAGCUGCCCUAUUCUUUAUCAUGACUGCGAGUCUGAGCUCCUGUGCCCCUCUAGUGAGGGUGAGAGCCAGGGGGUGGACUAUGGAAGGGAUGAAAGUGAAGAAGAAAGACAAGGAAGGGAGCCUGAAGAUAGGGUUAAUGCAGUGGACGUGAUAGUACCAGAACUGACUGAGGUGAAUUGCGUAGAGGCAGAAGGGCAAGUAGGGAAUCUGGAGAGCUCCUACAGUUCUCAGAAACUGGGUUCCAAAGUGCCGUCUCGAAGAAAGGGAGUCCAUAAAACAACUCAAAGAAGAAAUGUAGACGUGGAAGAAGAUGAAGGUGUUGGAAGGGAUCGCAGAACCAGAGUAUUUUAUGCAACAGAUGAUGAGGAUGAUCGGAGCAAAAGCUUGAGCGAAAUGGGGCUGAGGAAUCUUUUGGGCACAAUCGAAAGACAGAAAAGUAAUUCAAGGUUCUACAAUGCUGCACAACUCUAUCAGCAAUACAGUGAGGCAGCCCAGAACUCUGAGAUCCUGCGUCAGGCUCGCUCUGAAUUCCUCUCUGUGAGUGAGGACCAAACUUCGUCUCCUCUUCCCUCACCUCCUCCUGCCCGCAGAGCUCUUCCUCCCAUUCCCCCACAACCACAUCCCAAGUCCUUCUCCCACAUAGGCUCUUUCCCUAUCCAAAGCUUGCAUCUCCCUGAAUGCCCCAGGGGUGAACGUAGAGCUUCUUCCCCACGUCCGUCAAUCUCACAGUCGUCCUCGCUGUGGCGAGAUCUGCCGGGGGUCAGGAACAGUGCUGAGCUAGAUGAGCUCACAGAGGACCAGAGGCGGCUACAAGAGGUGAGGUUUGAAGUUAUUACCUCAGAAGCUUCCUACUGCCGGAGUUUGGAAAUUGUCGUUGACCACUUUGUCAAGUCUAAACAGCUGGGGGCGCAGCUGACCACUCAGGACAAGAACUGGCUCUUCUCAAGGCUGGUUGAUGUUCGUGCCAUUAGCCACAGUUUUCUGUCAAAACUGGAGGAGCGGAUGGAAUCAGAUGUCAUGCACUUCACCGUCUGCGACAUCAUUUAUCGGCAGUGUCCGCUCUUCAGAAAAGCCUAUGUGCCCUACCUCACCAACCAGUCCUAUCAGGAUGCAACUUAUCAGAGACUCAUGAAUGAGAAUCCAAGGUUUAAAAUGAUCGUGGAGAAAAUGGAGAAGAGUGCUGUUUGUGAGAGACUUCCUCUUCGCUCCUUCCUUGUGCUUCCCUUCCAAAGGAUUACAAGACUUAAGUUGCUGGUCCAGAAUAUUGUCAAGAGAACAACACGCGGCACGGCGGAGGCAACGCAGGCCAUCAAAGCUCUAAAACAACUGGAGAAGAUUAUUCAACAAGGUAAUGACAGCAUCUCUCAAAUGAAAAGCAUCGAGUCUCUGGUUUCUCUCAGUGCUAAGGUGGACUUUGAGUGCAAGACUCUUCCUUUGAUUAGCCAGUCUCGGAGGAUGGUUCGAGAAGGUCCUGUCACUCAGCUGAUGGAUUUCUCUCUUAAGGAGACAGAGAAAAAUGCUUAUUUGCACCUCUUCAAUGACUACUUGCUGCUUUCACUACCAAAGGAAGGGGGAAGAUUUACGGUAAUUGAUCACUGUCCAGUAUCAGAGCUGCGUGUUGAGAACUGUCGUGUCAAACUUCACUCCCUACAGAAGAAUCUGUUCCGGUUGUAUAUGGCACAAAAAUCGCUGCUCCUCAGGACUGAUGCACCGAGUGAUAAGCUUCGUUGGAUAUCCGCCCUCUCCAGGCCCCAUACUGAAGUAGAUUUUUCUAGUGCACAAGAUUUCGAACAGAUGCAAUGUAUCCGAGCUUUUUUUGCUCAACAGCCAGAUGAGUUGUCCUUAGAAAAAGCUGAUGUCAUUCUGGUGCACCAGGAAAGCAGUGAUAACUGGGUAGAAGGGACGAAGCUCUCUGAUCGGCAACGUGGAUGGGUGCCCAAAUCCCAUCUGGAAACCAUAGCCAGCCCCAGAGUCAAGAGUCAUAACCUGUCAGAUGCUCUCAAACUGACAGCGGCCACAGCCACAGCCUGACCCGAGAGUGGACACUAUAAAGGAUCAAACUCAGUUAUCUGAUUCAGGAACUGCUGGAUUAAAGAUGAUGGACAUUCAGUGACAUUUCUAGAGGACAAUGCAGCAGCUCAAAAUGCUAUAAGAUUGCAUCUCAGUGUAGCAGUGGCUCUCGUUUGUUUCAUGUGUUGAAACAAUGUAUUCACUUUACUGCAUGAAGCAGCAAAGUGAACUGCUGAAGACUGCCAGAAAGGGGGUGUGGGUAUUAUGGUUUUUAUCUGCUAUGCACAGUACAUUACAAAUAUUGUGUGUACAUCAGUAGAUUUGUGUUUUAAAAAAAUAUUUUCUUAUGGAAAUGACUUUUUCCCA